AUGAUUACAUUCACUGAAUUAGGCGAAGACAUCAUUGUGGCAAACUUGUGCCAAUUCUUGAGUCCCAUUGAGAUUUUCAAUCUCUCGCUCACUUGCAAGCAAUUACAUUCCUACUUGACUAGCAACGAAGCUUACCAUCUAUUGUUUCUCUACAGGUUUGGCAAGCUAACUCCGCUUAACUUGAAAGAAUAUGACUGGGAGCAUCUUUUCAAAAAGCGGUGUGCCAAAAACUUGAACUUUUACACUUGGGGCUCAGCAAACCAAGGACGGCUUGGUUACUUGUUGCGUGACAUUCCAGAUGCCAAUAGGUCUCAGCUCUAUUUUGGAGUCCAUACCCCAACAAAGGUGCCAAAUUUUGAUUCAUCAGUCAUUGACCAAGUGCAUGCUGGUGGAUACAGUUUUCAGCUUCUUACAAAGGGGAAGAUUUAUUGCAUAGGUGCAAAUUAUUGUGGAAGUCAUGGAUCGUCAACUCCUGGGCCGUUGCAGAAUGAUUACGUUCCCAGGAUUGAUCUGGGACGCACUAUAGGGUUUGUUUCACUAACACAGCCAAGAUUGGCUACAGAGGCAGGCUUGCGGGCAGUCCACCACAGAAUUCCAGAUAACCCCAACUUGAGAUUACCUCCCGAGCAACUUGAGUUUCCACCAGAACUUGAGAGAACUGAUAUUGAGGAAACCUCAUUUGUCACUAAGAUGUCUCUUCCUUCACUGUGGGACCGAGAGAACAGGAAAAUUGUCAAUAUCUCCAGCGGAAGAAAGCAUUUUUUGGCGCUUGACGACGAAGGGGCGGUGUUUACGUGGGAUUCAGGGAAUUCGGAUUGGAAAACCGGAGUACAGGUUAUUUUUCCGGGCCUUCACGGUCGCAUUAGAAGUGUUUCUGCUGGUUGGAACUUAUCAUCUUGUUUCAUGACAGGAGUUGGUAUUGUUGUGUGGUACUCGCGAGAUCUGAUAACCAAAGAAGAUUACGAAGCUUCCAAGUUCAAAGCAAAAGCGAAUUAUAUUGUGAUUCCUGGACUGGAGGCUAUAGUAGAUUAUAUCGCUCUACAAGACAGCGUGAUGUACAUUCGCGAUGAUGGUGAUCUUUUCAAAUUCCACAUCAAUGCGUCUGCUAUGGCCAACGGACACGAGAAUUGCAAUGAUUCUAUAUGGAAUGUUCCUAUGAAGGCAUUCAAUUCUUGGCUCGCAAAAUUUAAUAAGCAGAACAAGAUGGAAGCCACUUUUACAAAACUUUCUGGAUGCUACCAGUCAUUUGCGAUCUUCACGAAUCACGGACAAGUCCUAUUGGGAAAGCAAGGCUCGGAUGAUGAGGCUAACUUGCCUAAGGUUAUACCGGAAUUGCAAAAUAAGGGUAUUAUACAGAUUUCGAUGGGUGAUUAUCACUACUUGGCCUUGACUGAUAAGGGCAAACUUUUAAGUUGGGGAUUGGAACCUCAGAAUAGUGGCUGCCUCGGGUUAGGGAACUUACUGGAAAUCGCAGAUGAAACAAUCACCACCGAAAAUCGUAACCACAUUGUGACUGAACCGCACGAAGUGAAGAAUCCAUCGCCUAAUGGCAAAUGGCUCGCGGUGUCAACCUCCGGAUGGCAUGCAGGAGGAUUGUAUAUCUCCGAAUGA